AGUCUUGGAAAUUCAGUCUCAUUUUCCUUCCUAAACGCGGUUCGCCGAUCCUGGUUUCUCUUUAAAAAAUACCAAAUCUUCUCUUUAUACCUUGGAGGAUUCAAACACCAUUUCCAAAGAACCCAACAACAAGAAAGUAGUUAUUGUUCUCUUCGUCUCGGAAUUUCUCUGUUUUUGUCUUUGUUAGAUUUUGAGGCUUCAGAGAUCCUAUUUUUUUUGCAAGAUUUGUGUGGCUUCUUCAAGAGGUAAUUUAGAUCUGAUUCUAGAUACCCAGAUACAUAAUUCAGAAGUCUUGGGACUGUCGAAGCCUGUGUUAGGGAUUGACUUGAGUUUUGCGGCAAUUUCAAUGGCGGCAGCGACUAUAGUUUCCUCUCUACGGCGGCGGAAAUCUCCUUACCUACAAGCGUUCUUGGCUCCGGUAGACCUUGCCGAUGUGGCACUUGUACAGACCCUCGCAUCCAUAUCCACCGAGCUCGUCUCCCGCUUCUCCGCCAAGUCGUUCUUCUUUUAGCGCAAGAAUUGUCGCUCUCUGAUUCGCAAAAUUGAGGUCUUUCUGGUCUUGUUGGAGUACUUGAGGGACUCUGUUUCUGGGUCCAGUCUUCCUUCGACCGCGCUGUUGUGUUUUAAGGAGAUGUAUUUGCUUCUCUAUCGGUCCAAGAUACUCCUUGAUUAUUGCGCGCAAUCGAGUAAGUUAUGGCUUUUGCUUCAAAACCAUUCAAUUUCAGGCCAUUUUCAUGAUUUGAAUCAAGAGAUUUCGACCCUUUUAAAUGUAUUUCCAACCAAAGAUGUUGAAUUGAGUGAGGAUGUGGGGGAACAGAUUGAAUUGUUGCGAAAACAAGCCAGCAAAUUGAAUUUAUAUAUUGAUAAGGAUGAUGAGGCCUUGCGGGUUCUAUUCUUUUCGUUUCUUGACGAGUUUGAGAAGGGAAAGAUACCCAAUCCAGUGGAGUUGCAAUUGUUCUUUGUUGAGAGCUUGGGGAUUAAAGAUGUCCAUAGUUGUAGAGCUGAAAUUGACUUUUUGGAGCAACAGAUUGUGACUAAUGAGGGAGAUGUUGAACCAACAGCCGCUGUGCUUCAUGGGUUUGUUGCGAUCACCCGGUAUUGCAGGUUUUUGGUAUAUGGUUUUGAGGAAGAUGAAGUGCAAUUACAAUUUGUUAAUCGGAAGAAACCAAGAAAAGGACUAAUUAGUCAAGAAAUUGCGGAGACAUUUGUCACGAUUCCGAAGGACUUUUGUUGCCCCAUAUCAUUGGAUUUAAUGCGAGACCCAGUUAUCAUUUCUACCGGGCAGACUUAUGAUCGAAGUUCCAUAUCUAGGUGGAUGGAAGAAGGGCAUUGUACUUGUCCUAAGACAGGACAAUUGAUUGUCCACACCCGCCUCAUCCCUAAUAGGGCAUUAAGGAAUUUGAUUUUGCAGUGGUGCACUGCUCAUGGAAUCCCCUAUGACCCGCCAGAUUGUGCGGAAUCUUCUGCAGAAUCUUUUCCUGCAGCGUUGCCAACCAGAGCUGCGCUAGAGGCUAACAGAGCCACAGCAAAGCUUCUCAUCCAACAGCUCGCAGAUGGGUCUCUUGGUGCGAAGACAGUUGCUGCUCAGGAGAUACGUUUGUUAGCCAAAACAGGAAAAGAUAACCGCGCCUUCAUUGCUGAAGCUGGGGCAAUCCCUCAUCUUCUUAAGUUGCUGUCGUGUCAAAACCCUGUUGCACAAGAGAAUUCCGUAACCGCUAUGCUCAAUCUAUCCAUUUAUGAGAAGAACAAGAGUCGAAUCAUUGAUGAGGAGGGGUGUCUAGCGUCGAUUGUGAAAGUUCUGUGGUUUGGGCACACAACGGAGGCCAGAGAGAAUGCCGCAGCAACAUUAUUCAGUCUCUCUGCUGUUCAUGACUAUAAGAAGCGAAUAGCUCAUGAGGACGGGGCAGUUGAAGCCUUGGCAGGGCUUUUGAGAAUGGGGACCCCAAGAGGGAAGAAGGAUGCGGUCACAGCUUUAUUUAAUUUGUCCACUCACACGGAGAAUUGCACGCGAAUGAUUGAAGCUGGGGCUGUAACAGCACUUGUUGGGGCAUUGUCGCAUGAAGGGGUGGCCGAGGAGGCUGCAGGUGCAUUGGCCUUGAUUGUCAGGCAACCAAUUGGGGCCGAAGCAGUUGGGAGGGAGGAAAUGGCUGUGGCAGGGUUAUUAGGAAUGAUGCGGUGUGGGACACCAAGGGGCAAAGAGAAUGCUGUUUCAGCUCUGCUUGAGUUGUGCCGGAGUGGUGGGGCUGCUGCUAAUGAAAAAGUUCUCAAGGCACCACCAUUAGCUGGUGUGCUCCAAAUGCUUCUGUUUACUGGUACAAAGAGAGCAAGAAGGAAAGCAGCGUCACUUGCUAGAUUGUUUCAAAGGUUUGAGAAUGCAACCUUGCAUUUUGGUGGACUUGGCGUCGGAUAUUCAUUUGCUGGAAAUUCAGCUGCAAACAGGGAGCCAAGUUUCGUCGGUGAUGUUUCGGUACAUAUGUCCAUUUCAGUGCCUGUUUUGUAGGGAUGAUGAUGAUGAUUAUGACAUCCGGUGUCUUGGUUUUGGUUGUCUUCUCCAUUUACGUGCAUCCCCAUUCAUUUUUGUUGGUGAUAUUUCAUACAUUCUUUUGUGAAGAAUCUCAGGUGAUAAAGAAGGAAAUUAUAGAGAUAUCGUCUUGGAAAGAAAUAUUUAUGGUUUUUGUUUUACUUUUAUAUUUUGUAAUAGCCAAUAAUUUAGUUGCUUAACAAUACUAAGAGAUACAGACAGUUACUGAUGCACAUGUUUGUUGUUUUAGAUUGUUUGUCUUUUUGGUGGACUCUAGUUUCUGUGUUCUAGCUUUAAAAACGUAGCUUUAGUCUUAGUCUUAGGUUUUUACCCCACUUCUUUGGUGGCGAAUCACAUUUGGUGAUUUUUUCUAG